GCCGCCCCUCCCCUUGCUUAACCUCUGCGCCCCCGGCUCCAAAUCGCAACCCACGCCUUCGGGAAAAGUACCCCGCGAGGUUGUCUUGUGAGCAUUAUUCUCGCUUUGCCAUUUUUCUCUUUUGCUUCUUCCGUCAGCUCAUUCUUAUGCACGACCAAGGACGACUCCUCUGGAGGAGGGUCGAGACCGAGGAGGAGCCGGAUCGAGCGUUAACCCGGAAGAAGUGAACCAGGGAGUAAAAGUGAUCCCGUGUUUGUUGGGCGGAAAUGUAGCGAGUUACAGAAGGUUCCGACCUCAGGAAGGAAAAUUAACGUCCUUUCUUCUUUUUCUUAGGUACUCACGAUUCAUUUCUUUGUUCUGAUCGUUAAAAAAGUCUUUUUCUUUCUCCAGUGUAUUUUUUUUUCCAUGUUGUCUCCUUGUGGGAUCACCGCAUACUGUAUACUAUGUCACUCGGUAUGGCUUACACGUGCUGCUGUCGCUCAGGCUUAGUGUCAAUUCUGACAUCCCGAUGCUGAGAAUUGUUCCUAGAGUAUCAGAGAAGUCCUGUUGCUGUGGUGGGUGAUGGAGAAGACUUGCUGUUCUCGAAUAUAGAUAACCCUAUUGGACACACCUCCUCUGAUGUGCUUGAGACUAGAGGUAAAGACACACAAGCUUUUGCUGGAAGCCUGUAACAUUCGUGGCUAGGGGCCCUUGAUGCAGUCUUCCACAGUCCUUUCCAAGGGUGCUGAGAUGAAUCGUCACCUGUGUGUUUGGCUUUUUAGACAUCCAUCUCUAAACGGUCACCGCCACUGCCACAUCCAUCCCCAUUCUUAUCAGUUUCCACAGAUACAUCUUGAUACAAGACUGGUGGUUUUUAGACAAAAUAGGAAUCACGUUCUUCCUCGUCUACUAAAUAAGAAUUGGUUUAGGAGGUAUUGUCAUCAAGACACCUGGACGCUCUGGAAGCAUAAAGCACUACGGAAAUAUAUGGAGGAACUGAAUAAGGAGUACCGGACCCUUGAUCAGUGUUUGCAGCGUGUGUCUGCGAAUGAAGGAGACCGAAGAUCCUUGAAUCGAAGGCAUGCUGAGUUGGCACCACUUGCAGCCAUUUACCGAGAAAUUCAGGAGGCUGAACAAGCAAUUGAAGAAUUAGAAUCAAUGUGUAAAAGUCUAAAUAAACAAGAUGAAAAGCAGUUACAAGAACUUGCAUUGGAAGAGAGGCAAACCGUUGCUCAAAAACUCAACGCGUUAUACAGAGAGCUUUUCCAGAGUCUUGUGCCAAAGGAAAAAUAUGACAAAAAUGAUGUUAUUUUAGAGGUGACAUCUGGAAGAACUACUGGAGGUGAUAUCUGCCAACAAUUUACCCGGGAAAUAUUUGACAUGUACCAGAAUUAUUCAAGCUAUAAACGCUGGAAAUUUGAACUUCUGAAUUACACACCAGCUGAUUACGGUGGGCUACAUCAUGCGGCUGCCCGAAUUUCCGGGGACAGUGUCUAUAAGCAUUUGAAGUAUGAAGGUGGGAUUCACCGAGUUCAGCGGAUCCCUGAGGUGGGCCUGUCGUCAAGGAUGCAGCGCAUUCACACAGGAACAAUGUCAGUUAUUGUCCUCCCUCAACCAGAUGAGGUAGAUGUGAAAGUGGACCCCAAGGAUUUGCGAAUAGAUACAUUUCGAGCCAAAGGAGCAGGAGGGCAGCAUGUUAAUACAACUGAUAGUGCUGUCAGACUUGUGCAUGUCCCCACAGGGCUUGUAGUAGAAUGCCAACAAGAACGAUCACAGAUAAAAAAUAAAGAAAUAGCUUUGCGUGUGUUGAGAGCUAGGCUCUACCAGCAGAUUAUUGAGAAAGACAAGCGUCAACAACAAAGUGCUAGAAAACUGCAGGUAGGAACAAGAGCCCAGUCAGAGAGAAUUCGGACGUAUAAUUUCACCCAGGAUAGAGUCACUGACCACAGGAUAGCAUAUGAAGUUCGCAAUAUUAAGGAAUUUUUACACGGGGAGAAGUGCCUGGAUCACCUAAUUCAGAGACUACUUCAGUCAGCAGAUGAAGAAGCCAUUACUGAAUUUUUGGAUGAAAACCUUAAAUCAGCAAAAUAAAUGAUUUAUCAUUUAUUAUUGUGUAAAUGAAAUGCACCUGUAUCAAGAA